UAAUUCUGAGACGAGCAGUCCGGAAAGUGAGGAAACGAAAGUUAAGCGCGUCAGUGUGUCGAGUUCACUGCGGUGUGCUGAGGACCUUAUUAACCUGCUAAUUCUGCUCGAGCAUCUCUCACCUUCUCCAUCAUGGCAGAAGUGACCGACACUAUGGCUCUGCUGAGCCUGGAGGAUGAUCUGACCUGCAGCAUCUGCUUGUGUCCGUUCGACGAGCCGGUGAGUCUGACCUGCGGUCACAGCUUCUGCCGCAGGUGUCUGGAGGAGACGUGGAGCAAUGCGAGCUCCUACUGCUGCCCUCACUGCCGCGCACACUUCCUCAUCAAGCCGGAGCUGAAGAAGAACACGGUGCUGAGCGCGGUGGUCGAAACCUUCAGGACCAAAGCGGGGACAGACGCCGGCGACGGUGAUGCGGGUGUGACGCCGCGCCACGAGCCCAAGCCCAUCAUGUGCGACAUGUGCAACGAGGCCAAGGCGGUGAAAACGUGUCUGACUUGCAUCACGUCGUUCUGCUCAGAUCACGUGCGCCCUCACCAGGAGAACCCUCUGUUCCGCGCGCACGAGCUGUGCGAGCCGCUUUCCGACCUCGUGGAACGGCUGUGUCCCGAGCACGGGAAGCUGAUGGAGUUCUACUGCGCUCGCCACGAGAGGAGCAUCUGCAGCAGCUGUUUGCAGCAGAGUCACAAGGAGUGCGGAUUCUCCACCCCCAGCGAGCAGCGCAUGAAGAUAGAGUCUGAUCUGAGGGACAAGCUGAACAUUCUGGACGGGAAGAUGGAAAAGAACCAGCUGGUUAUAACGCAGAUGAGGGAGCAGCAAGCUAAGCUCAAGGAAAUGGCGGUGGUGCGUAAGCGCGCUCUGGAGGCGGAGUAUCAGCAGAUCCGGGAGAUGCUGCAGAGGGACGAGCGAGAGGCCAUGGACGCUCUGGAUAAAGACCUGGACAGCGGCAACACCAAGCUCAACACCCUGAUGAAGAAAUUCACGCAGAACAUCGAGAAGAUAAGCUCCACCAGAGCUGAGAUCAACAACCUGCUGGCCAAAUCCCACACUCUGGACUUCUUACAGGCGUCUGUGGAAAUGCCAUCUGUGGUGAACUUUGACCCUUACUGCCCACGAAUCAACCUGGACUCCAAGCGCGUCAUCGCGUACCACUCCAGCAUCGUUGGUCUGAAGGAGCAGAUUAAUAAAAUUUUGUGUCAGCCCGUGGAGAACAGGAUAUCCCUCCUCAAACCAGAUUUGGGAAAGCCAGUUCCUGGCGAAGGUGAGACGAAUUGCAAAAGUGACAAACAGAAAGACAAAAUCGGUGUCGGUGGAGCUUCGUUUAAUCUGCCAAACCCGAGGGAAACUGGUUCUACCCCAGGUGAAGUCUCAGGAACCCAGAACUCCGGAUCACAGCCCAGAGGUGGCCCUGGAGGAGCGAGAAAGAAACAACAGACGAGAGACAAAAAGGAGAACCGAGAUCACAAAGAUCACAAAGAGCACAAAGAACACAAAGAACACAAAGAUCACAAAGAUCACAAAGAUCACAAAGCCGAAAGAGGUAAAAAAGGUCCUAGCAAAGGAAUGAAUUCGGCGUUGUCCCGGAGCGUGGACCGUCUGGAUAAUCUGGGUACAAGACCUUUUGUUUCAGUUCCAAUCGAUAUGAGUUCACCAACCAUCAACGCUGCUACAAGAGGUGAACUGCUGAAGUAUGCCACCGUGCUCACCUUCGACAUCAGGACGGCGCAUAAACGAGUGGUGCUCUCUGAGAACAACACCAAAGCGUCCGUAUCGGACGAGCCAUCUCCGUACGCAGACAUCCCGCCUCGUUUCACCGUGUGCUCACAGGUGCUCUGCAAUCAGGGCUUUUCUCAGGGCCGCCAUUACUGGGAGGUCAAAAUGAGCAGCAAUAACUUCUGCGGCUUGGGUCUGUCGUACGCCUCCAUCGAUCGUAAAGGUCCUUCCAGCCGCCUGGGCCGUAACGCCCAGUCCUGGUGCAUCGAGUGGUUUAACGUCAAGCUUUCGGCGUGGCAUAACAGCAGCGAGACGGUGCUGGCCAACCCGUCCCCGAGCCGCGUCGGCGUCUUGCUCGACUGCGAUAACGGUACCGCCACCUUCUACAACGUGCAGGACCGCGCGUACCCCUUCCACACCUUCGUCUUUCCUUUCUCUGAGGCCCUGUAUCCAGCAUUCUGGAUCUUCUCCAGCGGGUCGUCCGUUACACUUUGCAAACUGACUCAUUAACGGCGCUUUAUAACCGUGUAGUGGUGGUGGGCGGCGUACGGGUGUAAAUACCGUUAAAAAUAGAGUUCGCGUUAAUCAAAAGUACAACAGCAAUUUGUGCAUUUGCUCUAAAAUAUCUCCCUAUAUAUUCCUGAGAUAUGAAAAAAUUAAAAAGGUUUAAAAAGCUUUUCUGAUAACAAAUCGACAAACUAACUGUUUGAAAUGAAUGGUUGUGGUGAUUGUAGGACGUUAUUGAUGUUUCGUUGAUUCUGAUCAUUUAAUAUCGUUAUAAAGAAAUGCAGUGGCAGAGUAAGAUCGUAGUUAACCUGAUGUUCACACUAGCAAAAAAUAAAGCCACAUGCGAUCAUUCAUUUUCUACGUACGUCCCCGACGAGCGACAUUUUAAUCGAGAUUUUCUCAAUUCUACACAAAUUAGGUAUAACGUUUAUAUAAAAGAAGCGAAAAAUGCAAACUAUCAGCUCGAAUGGUUCCUCGGUCCAAUCGUACAGGGCGUGUGCUCCGACGUUUCUUCAGUGCCGCACUCACAACUUUAGCUCCUACCUGCAGUUCUUAUUUACUGUUCGAACUGCAAAAUUGGAAGAAAAAUUUAUAUCUGUGGUUUCAUUUGAUCCUGUUAUAUCCGACCUCUCAUUAAAUGUGUUUAGAGUUGUUAAGAAGAAAAAUACAGCGAGGAAGGAAGUAGCAGAGAUCGUUGUUGCCUCUGGUGAGUGUACUUGGCUGGUACUGUUAGCAUACUUUGCUAAUCUAAUCUGAGAAAAAAAGUUAGAUCAACAGCAGAUCAUGUAAGGUACCGCCACCAAUUUGGAUUUUCACACUGAUUAGUGUUAUUUAAGCUGUAUAGAUAACAAAAAUGUUGAAAGGCCACGCCCACAAGAGAGAAACUAUAAGGGAUAUGAGUGACUUGUCAUGGUCUAGUGUGAAAUCGGCUUGGAUUUGGAAUUUCGUUUCCACAGAAAAGCCAAAUUAAUACCGAGGAAGUCAGGGAAAUCAGUAAUCCAAAGCUUUUAGAAUGCUAGAAGUUUGGAUGCUCACUGCUCUUCUGCAGAUAAGAUAUAGUGCUACUGGUUUAAGUGAAUAUGAAUUCAUAUAUAUUGUUUUUUUUAAUCAGUUGCUUGCCUGCAGUUCCUUGCUGAUGAUCAGCUCUUGUUUGUUCAUUGAGGGUUGACUUAUAAGCUUCACCCUCCACUUCACAAACAGGUUUUAUUGCCAGUAGACAAACCAGGGCGAAGUCCACAGUGCUUGCGUGCUUGAGAGCAGAAAAAUCAAUAACCAGCUUGGUGACAGUGAUCGUGAAACAUCUCUGGAACUGUGGAAUAUGAGAUAUCUUACUUUACAUGUCCAUAUUUCACAGUUUUCCAUCUCCGGUGUGAAAGUUGAGGGGGAAGUUGGCACCUUACUGGCAUUUUAUUGCCUUGAACGUAGGGGUGCCAUUAUUUCACACACACCCUCCCACCCCCCAGGAGAGAAUUUGCAUCCCUUAAAUCAAGAGUGAUGUCACAUUUUAAAAGGGAGCACAAACAGGCAUGUGCUGAUGUUCAAUUUUUGUAUCACAACAAUAAUAAUAAUAAUAAGAAGAAGAGCUAUCAUAGAUUAGAAUGUUGUCAAUGUCAGUGUCAUUAGAUUUCCCGAAUAUCAUCUGGUAAACUCAAUUAUGGGAUUGGGUUCUCCAAGAAUUUGUUCUUCAUCCUGAAAUGCAACCUUUUUAGGAAGCUAAGGACCCUUCAUUAUCCAGUGACCCUUAAAGUGUAGAAGUGGAAUGGGGUAAAGAAGGUAGAGCAGAUUUAGCUCGGUUCUGUAUAGUGUAAAACUUUAAAAUAGGUAAUCUUAGAACCUUUAUGGGCUUUGUGUGCUAUGGAGAACCCUACUACAAAAUUUAUUAGGAAGUUCAACCUUUUUAGGAAGAUAAGAACCCCUAACUAUCCAAGGAACCUUUAUUUCUAAGUAUGUAGAUCCCAGUUGGACAGUUAGAACUGUUCAGACAGGUGAGGAAACAGCUGUUUAUAGCUGCAUCCUCUAUACGUGGACUGUUCCAGCAUGCUAAAACGCUCAGAUCUCAGCUUUGGAGUGAGAUAGGACGAAACUAGCUGCGCUCUUGCGUUAGUUUUGGCCUCCCUAUGGUGAAGAUCUGAGAGUGUCCAAUUUUUUUGCCCAAAAAAAAAGGUUAAGGCCGUUCUCAGGUAUUCAGCAAAAUCGUGCUGUGCAUUAGAGAGGUCAAGAGUAACGCAGGAGUGCGCUUAGUUUUGUCGUAUCACACUCGAGAGCUGAGAUCUGAGUGCUUUAGUAUGCUGGAAGUGUCCAUGUAUGGAGUAGAAGGUAAUUCACUUUAUAGCAGAUAUAAACAAUUUGUUUUUUCAUUUUUUUAAUGUAAUAUGACUGUUUUUGUAUUGAUACCAUGUAUUGUAGACAUGUCUUCAAGUAUCGUGAUACAAUAUUUUUGUCGUAUCAUCUUCUCCUAGCAGGAGUAGAAACCAAGAUAUUGUGAUAUAUCAUAUAACUGAUUAUCAGCACAUGCCUGAUUAUAAACGAUCCGUUCUGGACAGACAGAUCUUUUAAGGGUGUUUCGUCAUGUUGAGGCGUUUAAAUUUUAAAGUUCUACCUGACUAGCUUGUGAUUGUGAGAUGUUAAGAAAUGUCAGGUACAGCUUUAGAAAACACCCAGGUAUCUGCUGAGGAGAGUGUGGACCAGGCGGUGCUGCUUCCUGGGCGAUGACUCUAUGAAUUUCGCAUUCAUACAAGCCCAGAUUUCACCCAGAGCUCCCAUCAGACACAGCUGAUAGUUCCGUUUAGGACAGCCACUGAUGUGCAAACUGUGAGUACGAGUGAGCCUUUUAUUACUGAUCCAGGAUCAGCUCCAAACAUAACCUCUGAUAAGAGAAACUGGAGUACUGAUCUCAGAUCAGCGGAAAAGCAUCUUGUCUGCUGAUGCUGAUCAGAAGCUAGAACUUAGGCAGACCAGGUUAAUGAACAUGGGUUUGUUGGUUCCUGUUUUGUGCUUGUUAAUAUUUUAUAGGGUGAAUUGAGUUUCCAAGUUUCAUAGUUUGUCCUUUACUGCAUCCUUGAUUGUUUCAUUUGCUGUAUUUGGUCUGAUUUUAACCUUAUAUAAUUACUAGAUUUUGUGUCUGUAUUGUGAUUAAAACGUGCAGUGUGUUAAUAUUACAGUUCUACAUAACACGUGGGUAUGAAAAAGAUAUUUAUUCUGCUGAAAUCUUCCAAUCUCGGUUCCACCUUCACUUCUGAAAUUCUCCUCAUUCACAUUUAAACAAUGAUUUAAUGACGAAAUAAUGUUCCGGUUCAUGUUUGGAAUUUUUUUUCAUGAAGUAAUAUUUCUGUUAGCCAGAAGAAUUAAUGCAAAAUUAUCAUUACUAUUAAGUUAUCCAGUUAACCAGCACACAGUGCUUUGUUAAAUCUGAAAUAUGUAAUAAUUCAUUAUGUAAGUGUGGAAAAUCAUUACUUUAUGGUUCUGUAAUAACUUUAUUAAACACAACAGCAUCCACUUUGUCUACUGUGUGAACAUUAUAAAUAAUAAAACAUUUACGUUCUUUUGUCGGA